AUGGAGAAGCUUCCAGCCAGAGGAGAGCUGCUGGUGAAGAAGAAAGAAUUUAUGAAGAAGAAAAUUGACCACCUAGAGUUUUUUGCCAAGAAAAACAGCACAAUAAACAGAAGAGCGGCUCUGCAGGCGCUAAGAAGAAAGAAGUUCUACGAGAAACACAUCAAUUACAUUGACUGUGCUUUAAAAGCCAUGAGAGCCAUUUACGAACACAUAGAAAUCAUUAACAAGGUGAGUGACCUGAUGAAGGACAUUGCAGAGGAGGAGGAUGAGACUGGAGGCAUGCUAGAGAGCCUCUGCACACCUGUGGGCUUUGAAGGGGAAUUUAAUGAGGAUGAGCUGCUGGCAGAGCUGGAGAAACUGGAAAAGAAUGUGGACGAAAACCUCUUUGAGGCGGAUAAAGCAGAGGAAGGGAACCCUUGUCCCAAAGUGCUGACCACUACUUUGCCUUCCCAUCGUGGGUUUUGCAGAGAAAUCAUCACCAAGGUCUAUGACCUGAUCAAGGACAUUAUUGAGGAACAGGACGUGACCGAAGACUUGCUAAACAGCCUCUACACAGCUGUGAGAUUUGAAGUGGAAUUUAAUGAGGAUGAGCUGCUGGAAGAGCUGGAGAAGCUCCAAAAGAAUCUGGAUGAAAGCCUCAAUGAUUCGGAUGGAGAAGAAGACGGGGUCCUUUGUCCCAAAGUGUUGACCACUGCAUCACAUUCCAAUCCUGUCAACACGGACGAAGAAAACAUUGAAGAUGAUUUAGAGUAUCUUCGACGUUGGGCGAAUGCACCUCGUGAACGCACCAUCAGUUACAACAUUUAG